AUGAGGGCUGAGCUCUCCCGAGGCUUCAAACCACCUUCCUUUGAGGCUUAUGACGAGAAGACCGACCCCAAUGACCAUAUUAGUUACUUCAAUGUGAUGAUGAUGAUAUAUGGCGGGUCUGACAUCGUGUCAUGUCGCUCUUUCCCAACCUCCCUGAAGGGACCGGCAACGCUCUGGUUCGCCAAGCUAAAGCCCAACUCCAUAAAAAGCUUCACGGAGCUGGCCAGAGCAUUCGUGAGGCGCUUCCAAAGCAGUGUUAAGCAAAAGAAUACGGCCGCAAACUUGGUAAAAGUGAAGCAGCGACUCGAUGAGUCCAUACGGGACUAUAUCACUCACUUUAAUGGAGAAGCUCUAGAGAUAAAAGACCUAGAUGACGGCAUGACAUUCAACGCCCUGCACAACGGAGUCACUAACCAUGAUCUGGUGAAAUCACUCGCCCUCGAACCAGUCUCUACCAUGGCACAACUGCUUGAUCGGUGUUAUCAAUACACCAACAUAUUUGACAUCAUGAAGGCGCAAAGAACAGCCGACCCCAAAGCAGCAGAGAAAAAGAGGACGAGCGAGAAAGAAGAAAAGAAAGUUAGUAAGAAGUCGAAGUCAGAUCGGUACUCAGACAAAGACCAAAGCCCAGACUACACGCCCUUGAACACCACCAGAAUGAAGAUCCUGAUGGAGGUCCAUGAUCGGGACCUGCUAUAG